UCAUUCUUAUAAUCCAAAGUGCUUUUCGUUUUAAGCAUGCAUUUCUCUUCUCUUCUCUUCUCCAUUUCUCAAAAAUGAUCAAAAUCCCACUUUUCUAAACCCUAAAUAUUUCAAAUUGUAAUCACCAUUUGAGCCUUUGAAAUUUCAAGAUUUAGUGUUGUGUGUGCUUUUAGCGUCAAGUUAUGGACCUAAAACACCCCACCACCACAAUCCCAGAACCUGAAAGUGAUACCCCACCUCGUUCCCAAUCAAUCAAGAAACUAUUAUCCUUCCAAAACGGAAAACCACACCACCAUCAUCCUCCGCCGUCUACGGUGGUUGUAUAUAAAGAAUGUCUGAAGAACCAUGCCGCCAGCAUAGGCGGCCACGCCUUAGACGGCUGCGGUGAGUUCAUGCCUUCUCCGACUUGCACCCCAACAGACCCUAAAUCUCUUAAAUGCGCAGCCUGUGGCUGCCACCGGAACUUCCACCGCCGGGAACCCAUCAACGACUUCCCUGCCACCGUCACCAGAAACCACUUCAUUGAUUUCAAUCGCCCCUACCAAACCUCCACCUCCACCUCCACCUCCCCGACUCCACCUUCACCACCUCCUCAACCAACAAACUACGCCUUCGGAGGGCACCUCCUUCUGUCACUCAGCACGGCAGCGGAUCAAACCCACACGACGGCGACGCCGAUGGCAAUCAAGACUAGCGGAAGGAAGCGGUUCCGGACGAAAUUCAGUCUGGAUCAGAAAGAAAAGAUGACGAUUUUUGCAGAAAAAUUAGGGUGGAAGAUGCAGAGAUGUGACGAUAAGUUGAUUGCAGAUUUUUGCAAUGAGAUUGGAAUCAGAAGAGGGAUUUUCAAAGUUUGGAUGCACAACAACAAAAACAAUUUCGGAAAGAGAGAAAAAGACAUCACCACCACCGCCAUCACCGGCGUUGCUGCCGCCGUGGUACGUAGUAAUGACAGUACUCAUCAAGACAACGGAAGUGACGAUGUUCAUCUUCAAGCUUCUACUAACGGGUCGUCUUCUUCAUCUUGAUUUUGUAACAAUAUCAAUUAACCUAUUUUAGGGCAAAUCGAAUAAAACCCAGUUUUUAAAGAUAA